UAUGUGUGUCAGUGAGUGUGUUUGUGUGUCAGACAUUUGAACUCCGUCUUCAGGCCUGGAAAGAAGUAUUUUUGUUCUCUUUUGUUGUUGUGGCUUGAAACAGGGAAUGGCUUGGGUCCUCUUCAUCGCGACCUGCUGCCUCAUUGGCCUACAUGUAGAAGGAGCGCCCAGAACUGCCGUGUAUAAAUUUGUCAGGUGUCGGCCUGAGGGUGAUCUUACCAACUGCGUGACUCAACAAAGUCCACAGAUGGAGUGGAGUCCAGACCUGCCGACCAAACUUCCUCCUUCUAGUGCAGAGUACCUUGAUGCCCAGCCAGUGGAUGAGGAAGAGGGUUCAGCAAGCACGAGCGAGUCCAUUGAGGUUGAACAACCUGAGGACGGUUCUGGUUAUGAGGGUUCUGCUGGUCCAUUUUGGAUGGACUACACCGUGGAUAGGAAUAUCAAACAGGAGAUUGGCUCCGGCGAGUCCUUGACAGACACGGAGCAGUACGCUGGCCGAAAAGACUUCAGGCGGUUCCUCGGCAGUUCGUGGCAGGACCAAAACAAAGCUGCUGAGCGGGAAGAGCUGGAGGAGCCUUUUCUUCAGUUGUAGAGUUGACAAACUGCUCUUCUUUUCACACUGUUAUGUCAAACUAAAAAUCACCUGAUGGCCACAAACAUAUUGAUACUGCUUUUGACUGCAGCUGUGCUUUCUGUAAACAAAGAAGUAGACGUAAUAUAAUUUCUGUUCCAAUUAACAUUUUUAAUAAGCUUGUUGAACACAUAACAUAUUCUUUAAGGCUUUAGUCACUUUAAAUUUAUACCUAGGAAGGAUUGUGUAAUACUUUGAAGGGAAUUUACGCUGCGCAAGACUUAACAUGAUAAUUGGCCAAUCCCCUCAGGAAAAGAUGGGCAUUGAGUCAUAUUCAAAGUAUGUAUUUUGGGCAUAACACUUUGUGUUUUAAAGCAGGAUUAAAUUUUAACAAGAGUUUGUA